CUGGCAUCGAGGGACCAACAUAAGAACGGGCAGAGGCCAAAUGUAUUCAGUCUUCUGUGGCAACAGGUUCGUGCGCACAGGAUACGUGUCCGCAGGAUAGCAGGGAGUCUGACAAGCAAAGAGGUCCUUCAGGCAAGAGACAGCACUAAGGGUGGUUGCAAUACCCUUUCUUCAGCCAUCAACAUGAAUGAAAUUUUACUCGUGUCCUUCGCGCUAUUGUUUGCUUCCGCGAGUGGUCAGCGUAUACAGCGACAAGCUAGUGUUUCGAGAGGAAUUCUCCAAGGCAGAAUCAGAAUGGGAAUCUUGCCGGAGGAUUCCCAGAUCACCGUCAGAUCAGCGAUUCCAAAAAUUCCAGCUGCCUUGCCUGAACUCACGCCUAUGGAUAUCGCCAUGAAUACCAUCGAGGACAUGAUGGACGUGGUGGAGAUGGAGGAUCCAAAGGACCCUCUCAUGGGCGGGCUAAAGGCUGUUAUGAAGGACGUGAAGGAGAACCAGCAGCGGCAGCAACAACAGCCUCAGGUCUCCACGAGGCAGGCCGGAAGCGAUGAUGCAAUGGCUGACGCCUUUGAAGACAGGGUGAAGGUGCUCCUGGCUGCCAGCGGCGUCGAGACGAUCCUCCCCCUCGACUGUGGAAGGAACCCCCAGAAUCCAGACAACCCGUUGGAAGAACCGCCUCUGCCGUGGAUAGCUGCCCUCGGGUCCAGGGAAGACGGGAGGUUCCACUACCGGUGCACUGGGGCCGUUAUAAGCCGCUUCCACAUCCUCACGGACGCUGACUGUGUGGCCUCGCCGAAUAUAAACCUCGUCCAGUUCAACGUGAGUCGCCGCGUGCCGGACCCCAACGCCAUCCUGAACUUCGUGGUUGGUCGUAGGAUCCAUCCCAUGGUCAAAGGAAAUGAGGACCUGCUCAGUGGUUACAACGUGGGGAUCCUGGAAUUGGCUUUUCCUGUAGAGUUUAACGAAUACAUCCAACCGGUUUGCCUGCCCGGAUUAUUCGAAACAGCGGAACAGGAGAGACAAGACCCAACCCACGUCGUCGGCUUCAAUGACAUUAGUGACACUCCCCUGGGACGAAUAGCAACUCUCUACUCUUUGGGCAAUUCCACAACCUUCGGGCCCGCCGGCUGCCAGAUCCUCAUCAAGGCCUACAACGAUCGGUAUCCCAACCAGAUAUCCAAUUUAUUCUCAGUUAUAACGAAGAAUCAUGUCUGCGUUAACAAGUUGUAUGAUGAGAUUGGGAAAUCGGUGGUGCUUCGCGAAAAUGAAACCACGGGGAGAGUGCAGUUGGUGGGUGUUUCUGGUGUAGCCAAUGCCCGCUUGCCCAUCCCUAUUGCCUACACUCAAGUCCAGCCCCACCGCUUGUGGAUCGAACUUGUCUUAAAGAAGUUUAGGGAUAACACAUCACGUCGCACUCUAGGCUGAAGAUUCUUUGGAAGUUAUGAGGUAUCUUCAUGACUGUAAACCAUUAUUUUUUUUUUUCAUCACUGUGGCCAUGAGAACAAAGUGGAAAUGUCAUGCAGAGGAAACAGCAACCUUAGACUAACCAUUGUUACAAGCCACUACAUCACUUGGUUUCUCUUCAAUAUAGAUCAAGUGUUAUCUCUGUUCUACCUCGGUUCUCUAAGGAACAGUACUGUGCACCGUGUGACAACUUUAAGGAACUCAAAUUAACCCAUUUUGUUUUACCAUAUCUCAAAGAGUCAUGCCCCCCCCCCCCCCCCCCAGGCAUAAAGAUACUUGACAGAAAGGCUAUGACUGACAAAUUAAAUUCCUCCAAACAACACUUAUAUUUCAAAUGAUUACUGCCACGGUCAACAAAAAAAAAUUUAGUGGCUAAUUUUUUUGGUCAGAUAUGAAAGCAGUGUGUUUCUUAAUAAUCAGCCAGUUAUGGUCAAGCUAUUAAGUGCAUCUUUGAGUAGAAUAAUUGUCUGCCUUAAAUCAGAUCUCCGUGAAUUUAUUUAUUACCCAAAUGAUAAACCAUUUCUUUCUACAUACAUAUCUAAUUUUGUAUGUUGUAUUAGUAUUACGACUUUUAACAAUGUUUCUACUUCAUGCAGGCUACAUUACUAUCAAAUACAAAAUCUCCAAAGAAUUGUGUACAAUAAUCCAGUAUUACUGGCAGAUGUAUGUACAUAAAGUUGAUUUUGUUCUCAUUAUAGAUUAUGCUUGGUAAUUUGGUUGAUAAUGAAUAAUGAGGUGUAUGUAUGAGUCUGUUAUAAAUCCAUUGUGUGAUAUGAUUUUGCCAUGUUAUUUCUCAUCACCUUGAAUGUACCAUGUUUCCAGGGAAAUAAAUGAAAACCCUCAUUAUGGUUUACAGCGUAAUUUUGAUUUUCAAGAUUAAGCAUCACUUCAGUAUCUAAAUUUGUUGCUACAUUUUAUUUCUGUAAAAAUAAGUAAUUUCAAAAUUACACUCCAUAAUUACCUUCUACAAACAUGUCAAAAAACAGACUAAUGUUUAAAGCAAUUUUAUGCAAAAUCCCAACAAUACUGUUGACUGUGAGACAGAAUUUGCUGGUAAAAAUACUAUUACAAUGCUACAGUGCAAUUCCAUUGAUUCCACCUCACAAUACUACUUAGGAUAUUAAUAGCACUCCAAGAAAGCCUACCAAGAUAUGCAAAUAAAGUAUUUCUUCUGAUAUAAUGAGUGAUAUACAGAAAAUGGAAAUGCACUGUCUUGGCUAACUGAUAAUGGGUGCUGCAACGUAUGUCAAACAUAAAUCGAAAUUACUGCAGGAAGGGUUUAAUGUCAAACUUGUCAAUGAAAUCUGCAUUAUAUUGAAAACCAUAUGGAAUUCUGCACUGCAAGGAUUUUCUUGAAAUUCACUGCCAAAAAGUUAAUAGUUCAAUGUCAUGAUAAUGACUUAAUGUGAUAAGGAUCUUAUUUAAUAAAUAUAUAAGUGCAAUUUGUUCAUUUUAUUUAAAAAAUGCAAAAAGACAUUCAAGUAGUAUUGCACAGCUGUUUGGAAUGUUACAAAAAAAAAAAAAAAAUCUAACCACUACACUUUCCAGCAAAGAAAGAAACUGCACUGAAACCGCCAACAAGAUUCAAUUCUUUUAUAUCUGGAUAAACUUCUCAAGAUCAGACUUGUAAUUCAGAUCAACAAAAAGUUACAAAGCUAAUAAGAAAUUCUAGGUUUCAUUUUCAAUCUCACCACAUGUUAAGUUAUACCAUAUAUAAACACUAGCAACCAAACUAUAAAAAAAAAUACUUAAAAGAUUGAAAACAAGAGCUAAUAUUUAACAUAAAGAUAUGUUUAUUCAGAUCUGAAAUCACAGCAAAAUAAGCCCAUUAACCUUACAAAGGCAAUACAGGUCAAAUGCCUCAGUGGGUCCGUACUUGUCCUGUGGUGAAGAGGAGAACAAAUGGGCUACUAAAGCUAGAUCAUGACUGGUGUUAGAAUGAGCAGUCUCUCACAUAAGGGUAUUACCAAAAGCUGAUUCCCGCAAAAGCAUUGCAAAAGCACUGCCAUACCCUUGAAUGGAAGGUUCUCAGGUGUAAAAUCUUACAAAAGCUUCAUCAUUGAAGGGGCUCUUUGCAGUAUCAUAUUAAGUAGGCCUGCUACUCUAAAAAAAAAAAAAAAUCUAACCACUACACUUUCCAGCAAAGAAAGAAACUGCACUGAAACCGCCAACAAGAUUCAAUUCUUUUAUAUCUGGAUAAACUUCUCAAGAUCAGACUUGUAAUUCAGAUCAACAAAAAGUUACAAAGCUAAUAAGAAAUUCUAGGUUUCAUUUUCAAUCUCACCACAUGUUAAGUUAUACCAUAUAUAAACACUAGCAACCAAA